CUCCAAACAUGUCCCAUUUUCCACCCCUGACUUGCAUUCUUUCAAUUUCAAUUAGAGAGAGAGAGACACAGAGAGCCUGAAAAAUGGGAAGCUCCAACCACUACUGUCUUCUCCUGAUUUGUGCAAUACUGGCCGUCCACGUGGUGGUAUCAACAUCAUCAACGGUAGCCGUUAGUUUUAUCCCGAUGGAAUCUGGUUGCCGUGGAUCAAUUGCCGAGUGCUUGAUGAGCGGGGACGAAGAUUUCGAGAUGGACAAUGAGAUCAACCGGCGUAUCUUAGCGACUAGGAAGUACAUAAGCUACGGAGCUCUGAUGAGGAACACUGUGCCAUGUUCGAGACGCGGCGCCUCGUAUUACAAUUGCCGACCUGGAGCUCAGGCCAAUCCCUACUCUCGCGGCUGCAAUCGCAUUACUCGCUGCAGGAAUUGAAUUUUUAUUAUUUAUUUUUAAUUUUUUUUUUUAUUUUCCCCUUCCCACUAUUCUAUAUUUGGGUGUUUAUAAUAUGUGAUUGUUAUGUUUUAAUUGUGAGUGUACACGUAUUUUUAAGAUGGGUGUGUGGAAUAAACAUAAAAAUUUUAAAAAAAUAA